AUGAAGGAAGGGGGUCAGAAGAAGAACAUCCUGGCCAAGACGCUCCAGAAGUGCCGGUCGUUGGGCCACCGGAGGCAGCCGGCAGCCUCCGGCAGUCGGGGCGCUGGCAGCAGCGCCAGUGCCUCGGCGUCCCCACGUGCGGCCGAUGGCAGGGCGGGGUGGGCCGUGCCCGCGGGGUACUUCGCCGUGAUGGUGGGGCCAGAGAAGGAGCGGUUCGCGGUGCGCGCCAGGUGCGCAAACCACCCCCUAUUCCGGGCGCUGCUGGACGAAGCCGAGACGGAGUACGGUUUCGCCGAUUGUGUCGGCCCGCUCGAGCUGCCCUGCGCCGUGGAUGAUUUCAUGGAGGUUAUGUGGGAGAUUGAGCAGGCGGGCGGCGUCGCGUCGCCCAGAUGCUCUCGCUUCGCCGGCUGGGGCCACCACCACCAUCAACAGUACCACGGGUACCACAUGUUGAGUCCGGGGACGUUCCUCGUCGCCGGCCUAUGGUGA